CCGUUUUGUCAUUAGGUUGCUUGCAGUACUGUUGAGAGGACCUUCUCCCGUUUCAUAUAGACCUUUUUUCAUAUUUGUAGAUUCAAUAUCCUAUCAUCAUGAGUAAGUCACUUGGAAGAUCCCAGGAAUCCAGUGGAGAAUUCGGAGAGGGAUACAUUAAAAGAAGAACCACUGUUAUCCAACGUGGAGGAGGCCCAGGGAGCAUGAAUUCCAGUUAUGGAUACUCCCGGCAGUCAAACUAUGGCGGCGGUCUCAACUUGGCUCCAGGAACCUAUGCCACCAUGUCUCAUGAAGGUGUUUCUAACAUGAAAGACAAGCGUCAACAUGAAAAGAAGGAAAUGCAAUCUUUGAAUGAACGUUUGGGUAGUUACAUCGAAAAAGUCCGAUUUUUAGAAGCAUGCAUCACCCAGCUGGAACAAGAAUUGGAAAUUUACAGAAACCAAAAAGCUACAGAUUUCAAGCCAAUUCGGGAUAUGUAUGAAAAUGAAUUGGCUCAAGCCAGAAAAGUUAUCGAUGAAUUGUCUGCUGAAAAGGGUGGCUAUGAUGCCAAAAUGGCAGGACUCCAGGAUUUGGUCGAUACCUUAAGACGAGAAGUUUCAACCUUGGAGGAACACUGCAACGAAUACAGAACCAAAAUCGACAACCAGGCCAGCCAGAUUGGAGGUUAUGAGGGAGAGCUCGCCACACUCAGGCUGAGAAUUGAAAAUCUUGAAAAUGAAAAUGCCAAACUCAGACAGCUUAACAACCAGAGAAGUGAAGAAAAUCGACGUCUCAGAACCGAUUUGGAUGGUGAAACUGCUGCCCAUAUUGAAGCUGAUUGCCGAGCUACAACUCUUGAAGAAGAAGUUGAAUUCUUACGAGCUAUCCUUGAUAAAAUGCCCAAUGAAACCAGACAACCCGUUAAGAUCAAGGGUCUCGACCUGGAAGCUUUCUGGCAGAACAACAUGGCUAAGGCUAUCCGUGACAUUCAGAACGAAUAUGAAAACCGACUCGAUCUGAUGAGACAGGAUAUGGAAACAAGAUAUUCUGCUCAGGUAAGUUAA